GUGUCGUUUCCAAUAAAUAAAAAAAAGAGUAUUUUUAUCGCACACUCGCCAUUCCACUCUCUCAAGCUGUUGCUGCGCCCCUUCUUCAACAAUCCGAGAUCUGCUCCGACGCUCAAGAGUUGGAAUAUUGUAUACUAAGGAGUGGCAAGUAUGGGUCGUGGUGUUAGUAGUGGUGGAGGACAGAGUUCAUUGAGUUACCUGUUUGGGAGUGGAGAGGCACCAAGACCAGUGUCAAACAAUGCCCCAGCUCCUCCAAUUGAAGGGCAUGCUGCAAAUAAUGGACCAUCCUCCAGACCCACUGCUGCUGCUCAACCAAUAGAUGUUACUAAACAGGUUCCAGCGGGUAUCCAUGGUAACACCACAAAUAACUACUUCCGGGCAGAUGGUCAGAACACUGGCAACUUCAUCACGGAUCGGCCUUCAACCAAAGUCCAUGCUGCUCCAGGUGGUGGAUCAUCCUUGGGCUACCUCUUUGGCGGCGGUGGUAACUGAGAUAUGCUUCAUAUGUUUGUGGUAGGAGUACUGCUAUCAAUUUCUCUGGAGUCUGUUGGAUCUUCCAUAAGCAAUGGAAAUUUGGUUGAUCAUGCAAUGUUAUAUAUAGAUGGGGUGCGUCUUGCUGGAAUUAUUCAACUGAGAUUGCUUUAUCAUAGAUGUGUAAGAACCUGUUAUUACAAGAUCAGUGACAACAAAAACAACCAUAUUCUUGAAUGCUGUCUUUUUUUUUUUUUUUAUCUAAUAUUUAUGAUGAAUUCGUUUUUCUUUGGUGGGA